CUUGAUUUCCCCUCCUCCUCUUUUGUACUUCACGUCUGGUUCUGUUUCCUUUCAGUACCCGCCUCAGGACUCUCCGAGUGGAGGAUCUCUGCCGCCCGCCCGCCCGCCCCCCGACUAUGGUCCCAAGGGACAAAGCUGCAGUUUAACUCAACACUCCACUUUUAGAAGCCCUACUUUCUCCCCUUUGGAGCUUUGAAAACGGCGGGCAUGUCGCUCCAUCCGCCGCGGGUCGUGCAGCUCUCCGCAGCCGCCUCGCUCGCCGUGGUCUUCGGCGACGAGGACGAGUCGGCGGGCGAGAGCCACCGGAGCUCGGCCACCGGGCUGGAAGUGUUCGCCGACUUUAAGGCGCAGAAUAGGCGAAGCUUCUGGAAUAAGAGACUGGUAAGGGCCAUGGAUGAAGUGCACUUCCAGGGCUGGCUGGACAAUUUGGUGCUUUUUAUCCGGGGAAGUUCGGCUAGCUUGGAAGUGCUGAGGGAAGCGUGGAUGAGGAGAGCCCUCAAGUCUGCCGCCGGUUUGGUCAUCAGAGCUGUCGGAGACCUGACCCCGUUGAGGAUGUCCCCUGUUCCUCAGUCACAGUUCAUCCCCUUGGCAGAGGUGUUGUGCUCCGUCAUCUCAGACAUGAACUCCUCGCAAGUUGUCGUCAGCCAGGAGACACUCGUGAAUCACAUGAGCAGAUCACAUCCAGGGAUAACCAUCCCAACUCAGGACAUCCUCUAUAAUACCUUGGGCACUCUGAUUAAGGAGCGCAAAAUUUACCACACCGGUGAGGGCUACUUCAUCGUCACACCUCAGACUUAUUUUAUCACCAGCAACUUGGACCGGGAGAAGACCUGGUGGACCUCGGGCUCAGCGGAGGACCCUCCCUCACCUCCUCCUAUUACUUACCUUUUGAGCAACGACAUCUGCGUUGAGAGCACUCAGACACCCCCGGCGGCUCACUGCAAGUCUUGCAGCUGUUUUAGCCCACUCCCGACAUCCACUAGCUUACCACCCAACCUUCCUCCGCCUGCUGUUCCGGAUCAGCAUUCUGUCUCAGUUUCCGUUAGCGAGUGCACGGCCAAGAGCUUAAAGUGGCCACGACCGUCGGAUCACAAGCCCUCGGUGCAGCAUCAGACCACCUCCACAGUGGCAGACUGCCAAGCAAGCGCGGUCAGCAAAGCCACGGGUACAACCAACCCUGCUAGCCGAAAAGAGAAAGACAGUAAGUUGGGCAGGAAGUUCGGUCUUAGUUUGUUCCGGAGAAACGGGGCUAAAAAAGAGAAGCCGAAGAAGGAGUAUGUGUCUUUCUCGGGGCAGUUCCCACCAGAAGAGUGGCCGGUGAGAGAUGAAGAUGAUCUCAAUAACUUGCCUCGCGACCUGGAGCACGCCAUCAUCAAGCGCAUAAACCCCGAACUGACAGUGGACAACCUGACGCGUCACACGGUCCUAAUGAAGAAGCUGGAAGAGAGACGGGAGAAAGCUGUGGACAAAGGCGUAGACAAGGGAAUGUCGACGGAGAUUCUGACUAGUUCAAAAACGAGGCACCACCACUCCAGGUCGGCGAAAAGAUCCGCUCAGAAAAGCUCUCGUAAUAAACGCCGGGUGCACUCCUCCAGAGAAAAGCAACGGGAGAGGAUGAAGAACAGGCUUUCUGCAUGUACCCAUGGUUUUCCAGAGAGGGAGGAUUUGAUCCCUACCCGACUGCCAGUGGAAAUCCCAAUUGAUGAACCAGAUAAAGCAGAAAAUGCUGCGGACGGUAAAUUGCUUUACAAGAAACGCAUUGAAAACCCUUUCCAUUCUCCGGAGACUGGAAUACCUCCUUCUCCAACCAAUUGGGAGCAUCCAAAACCAAAAGGAAGCAAAGCACUGGCUAAAGAACGAACAAGCCAUCGUUCCAAAUCUUGGGACCCACAUCGGACAAAGCUGAGUUUAGCCAAUAAUGAACAAACGGCAAAGUCCCCAGCGUCUGAAGACAAAUAUGAUCAGGAGAGGGAUACCAAAAACGAACUCCUGCCGCAGCCCGACCAUAAGAUCUACUGUGAUUCUUUGGCAGGCUACAAUUCAGCAUACCCGCAGAGCUGUACCUUGCGGAUUGACGAGAAGGUACGACAUCGAAGGGAAGGAAACGGGGUGGAGAACAGAGAAAACCCUCACCUCAAAGAUGGCAGAAACCAGUCUUUGGAGACUGACCUGUCAAAUAUGCAACUGUACACAAAUUCUGAUCAAAUCUGGACAAAAAAUACUUUACAGCGGAAGCACUCACUCAGACUGACCAACGGCUCUCAAAAGCCUGAUGAGCUUUUAACGGAUCAAAACUCAAAGGACGUGAGAACAAUAACUGUUAGCAAAGACCAAGGGGAUCUGAGUAUGGGAGAUGACCUUCGCACAGUAACAGACAACGAAGAUGAACGCAGACUAUUUCAGAGAGCAGACCAUCAAGAUACCUGCAGCUCCCUGUGCUUGGAUGAGGGGGAGAUUUUACCAAACUACCUUCACCACCACUUAGUUUACCAUCAAUGUGAUACAGAAUCCAAACACCAGGACUCCAACGGCCACUAUUACGGCCCCAACUUUCACCACCAAUUCACCUCCAUCGACAGCCACUCGACGAACCAGAGGAGAACUUCUCUGAGCCCUGGCAGGCUCGGAGAGACCACAUGGAUGUGUCCGUAUACUCAGCAAAGUGGUGUAUCACUUCAAGAUGAACCAAGCUCCAGGAAAGAAGACCUGGUCCAGGAAGGAUUACACGAUGAGAAAGACCACCCCGAACCACCAGAAACUUUUGACAGCAGCAUCUUCGACUACUGUCCGGCGAGCGAGGUGGAAUCAGACACGGAGACUGUCCGCAAGUCUACGGACGAGGCUGACGGCGAGUUAGCCCAGUGGACGGAAGCAAAGGAAUUGCAAGGGGAGCAUUAUCACCAGAUGGGAGUUCCCCGGACUCCGGGACCUGCACUAAGCGGGCCCAGAGCGGCGGACACCAGAGAAGCAGGAGAACUUGUGGAAAACCAGAGCAUCACAGGAGACAGCGGGAUAGAUUCUCCACGGACCCACAUAAGUUUGGCCUCUAGCAACACCGUUAUUCUGGAAGGUCUCAAGAGGAGGGGCUUCCUACAGAACCUGGACAAACUGCACUCCAAGAGCAGCGCCAUCCGACCACAAAGCUCGCUGCUGCAGCUCACGCCCGUUAUGAACGUGUGAGAAGAACCUCAACACCUCGACAUGUGCUUCAACCUCAAAUUCUAUGCAACUGUUUGUACAGAUUUUGUAUGUAUAUUUGUCCUCAUUGUGAAUAUAUUUUUUUAAGCAGUAUCAUUUGAACUAGCAGUGAAUGAUCAUGUUCCCAGUGCCACAGACAGUGUUGAGACGUCGAAUCCAUUUUGUUUUAGUUGGCCUGGCACAGCCCCUCCCAGUCAAAAUGGAUUGAAUGUCUAUCAUUGCACUGUUCAACAACAACAAAAAUAUUGCAUUGAUGCAAUGAUCUCAUGUAAUUUUGAAGUGCUGAAUCCAAAUAUAACAUUUGUUUUUUUCUGUAAGCUCUAGCUGUUGUUCAUGUUUGUUUAUUUUUUCUUUUUCAAAUUAAAGGGAACCUUGGACUGAAAGACUUGAGGCUCUAACAAGCCACAAUUGUUCUAUUUUACUGAAAUAUGUUAUUAGAAACACAUAAAACACUGCCAUUGAAUAAAAAAUGUAUAAUAUUUAGUACGUUUUGACCUACGGAGGACACCAUGAUUUAUGGACGCUCGGGGUGAUGACGUAGAUUACCAUUUGUCAAUGUCACAAAUACUAUCGGGUUACUGCAAUAGCGUACCGCAUGCAACACGUCACUGAUGCUCAUUAAUAUUCAUGAUGCAACUGUUGCUUGGGGGAUCAAGCUCACAUUUGUCGCUCAUGCUAGAUGCAUGUAAAUAGUGUACAAACGAGAUGUUGACUGAGCUAAACCUACCAAUUCUGUCCGAAAAUGAUGUUCCUGGUGCCAAAUUCACUGGUAAAGACAUGGAAGAACAUACAAAUGUUCAGUUGGAGAUUGCUUGAGUGUCGAGGGCUGAAAAAGACUGGGGAAAAAGAGCCGAUUUGAUGCAGAUGUAGCUUUUUUAUCGACACCUUUUUCUUGCGUGCAUUGCCUUACGCCACUAACAGUGACAUUCGCCUGUUUCAACAAGCUAUCCUUUACCACCAGAUGACCUGUCUUUCUUAUAUAUUAUAUCCUCUGUUUGUCUCACGUUUGACCAUUCUUGAGGGUCAUUUAUAUUGCCAUUUUUGUGUAGCGAUCGCAAAUUCUACUCAGUGACUGUUAGACAACAAACACUUAAUUUUUUCAUUAAUAACAAAUCUUAAUUCUAUUAAUUUAUUUACACUUCCCCCUUAUCAAGGUUGAUUCUUUACAACAGAAAAGGUAAAUCUGUUCAAUCUAGAGCCUACCUGUAGGCAUGAACAGGCUUACUAUACAAAAAGACCAAGUCCAAACAUGGCUAAUUUAUUUAAACAUCCGUAUUUUAGAAAAAUAGGCCUACAUGACUGUUGUGAUAUAUGAAUAUACUGUAUAUUAGGGCUGUCAAAAUUAUCGCGUUAACGGGCGGUAAUUAUUUUUUUUAAUUAAUCACGUUAAAAUAUUUGACGCAUUUAACGCACAUGCCCCACUCAAACAGAUUAAAAUGACAGCACAGUGUCAUAUCCACUUGUUUUUUUGUGUUUUGUCGCCCUCUGCUGGCGCUUGGGUGCGACUGAUUUUAUGGGUUUCAGCACCAUGAGCAUUGUGUAAUUAUUGACAUCAACAAUGGUGAGCUAAUAGUUUUUUGUUUGAAAAUUUUACAAAUUUUAUUAAAACGAAAACAUUAAGAGGGGUUUUAAUAUAAAAUUUCUAUAACUUGUACUAACAUUAAUCUUUUAAGAACUACAAGUCUUUCUAUCCAUGGAUCGCUUUAACACAAUGUUAAUAAUGUUAAUGACAUCUUGUUGAUUUGUUGUUAUAAUAAAUAAAUACAGUGCAUAUGUACAGUAUGUUGAAUGUAUAUAUCAGUCUUAUGUCUUUCCAUUCCAACAAUAAUUUACAGAAAAAUAUGGCAUAUUUUAUAGAUGGUUUGAAUUGCGAUUAAUUUACGAUUAAUUAAUUUUUAAGCUGUGAUUAACUCGAUUAAACAUUUUAAUCGUUUGACAACCCUAAUACAUAUAUAUAUAUAUAUAUGUUUUCAGGUCAUUCAUUGUCAGACAGAAGCAGCACCGCAAAACGACACGCUAAAAAAUAAUCAAAAAUAUCAAAAUGGCUUACCUCUUCAGGGCAGGAUUUUCGAUCUGAAGGACCAUGGCCCCCAACAAAAUUUUUACUGCAUAUAAAGGUGAAUGGCUUCGCUUUGCUUUGGACGUACACACACAUUGUUCACAUUUUUGGCUUCGGGAAACAUAUGAAGGAAACAUCCUUCAUAUGUGGACGGUCGUAAUGUCUAGAGUCGUUUCUACACUUUCCAUAGCAGCAGAGUUUAAUCAGCAUGUUUUUCUUUUGUUUUGUUUUUUAAAAGAUUACCGGCAGAAAACAAGCAGUAAGAGUUGUAUGCGAGCGCGCUAAUAUGUUGACCCCCUUCCAGUUUACGAUGGUGACGUCACGCAGCCUUGUGGUCUAAAAUAGCAUUCGUGCGUUACGCUAUUCCUUUGCGCGACGAGAUGUCCAACACAUGCGCUCAUCAGUUAAAAGCGGCGAGUACCUACUAUUUGUUUUUAUUGAGUCUCUUUUAAUUGCCUCAAAAUACUUUUUGCAUGUGCUUCUCCCUCAUACUUUUAAGCAUCGUGUUUUCUUGUGGUAGCUUUAAAGCAGAUCGUUGAUCUGUGGACCACAUUAAUCACGUAGCAUAUUUAAACCACCCUUUUAUAUAAUACUGCGUUAAAGUAUUUUCUUAGGGCAUCUUUAGUAUGUUCUGUCUGUAUGCAUCUAAACAACACAAGCUGAAAGCGCACGGUAGUACUUUGGGUGUCAAAUUUGCCUCUUGUAGAACAUUUCGCAGGUGUAGCACAUUUGGGCAGAACACUGUUUUUUUCCAACUCUCGUCUCAUCCUGUCCCCCCUGUUCAUUUUGCUUUUGCUGCUCAUUUUGCGAACUACCGACAGUGCUUUCAUGAUCAUUCAUGUUCCUCUCAGGCUCAAAUUGAAAGAAUUGAUAGAAUCGAGUCAUACUCCGGGAGCCGGGCAGCGUAACCAUGUGACGUCACUGCCCUGCGACGUCAACAACAAUGGCGACCUACAAGAUAAACUAAUUUUGGAAUAUGUAUAAAAACGAAAACAUCAAGAGGGGUUUCAAUAUAAAAUUAUUUUAACUCAUAAUAAUCUUUAUGUUUUUGAGAACUACAAGUCUUUCUAUCCGUGGACCCCUUUAAGAUUGCAAUAAUUUUGCAUUCGACAAAAACAAAGUCAUGUUUUUAACAUGGUGGGUAUAAAGCUGGCACUUAAAAAGAGCUCAUAGUAACAAUACAUAGCAAAAUAAUACAUCAAAGUGACAUAUUAUAGAGAGCUACGGACAGGAAACCAACAAUUGGGUAAAUGUGACACCAAAGGCACUGCCAAAGUGCUCCAAUAUGUGAAAAUCGGUCAACUAUGACAAACUAAUGUUGACAACGAUUCAGAACAAUGCAAAGUACCGAGAAGUUAAAUUGGUGUUUGGUGAAAAUAUUUGAAGAAUCUGUAUAAAUCAUAAAUAUACCACUAACACUUGUAUGAGAAUAUCAAUGCAUGGAAACUAAAGCAUACAUAAAAAGACAGUGGAUUUGAGAUUAGUGACAAAAUUGUUUGCAAUUAGUUUUAAAAAAAAAAAAACAACUCAACUGAGGGGGCGUUGGCGAGUGUUGCCAAUGGUAACAAAUGAGUUAAUCAUGUACAGUUUUGCAUAUGUUUCUCUUGGGUUAAGUCGUUUCAAUC